AUGAGCCUCAAAGCCGCCGCGCAGCUGCUCGUCCGCUCCCCCUCCGACGUCGUCAUCGUCUCGGCCCUGCGCACGCCCAUCUGCCGGGCCUACAAGGGCCGCCUGCGGGACGCCUACCCCGAGGAGCUGCUCGCCUCGGUCCUGGCGGCGACGCGCGCCGCGCUGCCCGACCUCCCUCCUGCCGCCGUCGAGGACGUGGCCGUCGGCGUCGUCCUCUCGGAGCUCGGCGGGAGCAAGGCCGCGCGCAUGGCCCUCAACCACGCCGGCUACCCCAACAGCACGACGCUGCACACCGUCAACCGCGCGUGCGCGUCGUCCCUCCAGGCCGUCUCCGCCGUCGCCGCGCAGAUCCGCGCCGGCACCAUCAGCGCCGGCAUCGCCGCCGGCAUGGAGAGCAUGACGAGAAACUACGGCAGCAGGGCCGUCCCGCAGGACGUGUGGCCCGCGCUGCGCGAUUCCGAGGACAAGAACGUCCGCGACUGCGUCAUGCCCAUGGGCCUGACGUCGGAAAACGUCGCGCGCCGGUACGGCGUCUCCCGCGCCGACCAGGAUGCGUUUGCCGUCGAGAGCCAUCGCCGCGCCGCGGCGGCGCGGGCCGCCGGCGCCUUUGACGAGGAGAUUGCGCCGGUGCGGACGCGCUUCCAGGAGGUCGACAAGCAGGGGAACAAGGUCGGCGGGGAGCAGGCCGUCACCGUCGCGCACGACGACGGCAUCCGCGAGGGGGCGACGCUCGAGGCGCUCGCCAAGCUCAAGCCCGCGUUCGCGGCCGACGGCGCCUCGACGGCCGGCAACUCGAGCCAGGUGUCGGACGGCGCGGCCGCGACGCUGCUGAUGCGCCGCAGCGCCGCCGCCGAGCUCGGCCUGUCGGGCGCCGUCAUGGGCCGCUACGUCGCGGGCGUGACGGUCGGCUGCGCGCCCGACGAGAUGGGCGUCGGCCCCGCGCUCGCCGUGCCGAAGCUGCUCAGGCACACGGGGCUCGAGGCGGGCGACGUGCACCGCUGGGAGGUCAACGAGGCGUUUGCGAGCCAGGCGCUGCACUGCGUGCGCGCGCUCGGCCUCGAGGGCGCGUGGCAGGACGGGCGCGUGAACCCGGACGGUGGCGCGAUUGCGCUGGGUCACCCGCUCGGCGCGACGGGCGCGAGGAUGGUGGCGACGCUGAUGCAUGGCCUGAGGAGGGCGGGCAAGGGCGACGUCGGCGUGGCGACGCUGUGCAUCGGCACGGGCAUGGGUCACGCUGCGCUGUUUGUGGCGGAGUGA